AUGGACUAUGACGUCUCGUCGACACCAUCGGAGCUGAUGGAAAUCCUGGACGCUUUGGGCAGCAGUCAUCUUCACAGCGGUACUGACACGGAACCGGGAUCCGAGAUCAACAGUGUUUCUGCGGAUGGAAUUAGAAAUGAUGCUGAAGUUGGAGGAUCCGCCACGACCUUAUCGGUUCGACACAAAGUUCCUAUGGGGAGGCGACGUAGGAAGCGCAUCUGUAAGGUUGGUUCUGUGCCAUACUCAACUGAUCUGCAGCGGCGAAGGAAAGCGGAGGUCGAGUCAUUGCGGUUGGAAGUUCGGGAACUUGAAGACAAGCUGGCUCAACUGCACCUACAGCAUGUUGGUGGAGCAACAGCUUUUACCAAGAACAAGUGCGAACCGUGGCGUCAAGUUGCAGAACUUGCGACCAAGAAACUACAAUACUCCGAACACACAAACCGCGAGCUGAAGGAAAGUUUGUCAAGCCUGUUUGGUACCUGUUCAAACAUUCGAGAACUGCUGACAAAAUGUGAGGUACGGAAGAGGUUCUGCUAG